CAGCCACCACCGACAGUUCAUCGUGGACCAGGCUUCCACUGAGACAAGCAGGAGGAAAGCACGAGGUUGCCUUGGACUUUGACGUGCUGAACGUGGGCUGAACACAGCGGGGGGAUCCGUGCUCGCUGGAGUCCUGCCCUUAAGAUGCCCUGUUUCCACCAGGGGUAGUGUGAGGUUUGGAGGGGUGGGAUUUUGGGGGCUGGUGGAAACGAGGUGCUUCAGCUCGUGCUGAGCUACAUGUGGCUUCGCUCUCCGUGGCCGUGCUGGUCUGCCCUGGGCAUGGUGCCUUUCCUUGGGUUCUGCCACCACUUGGUGCAGGGUGGGUUUGCCUGUUUGUCCAAGUUACAGCAAAGGAGAGCUAGUUGUGUGAUAACAUGCACAGCUUAAUCCCUUGGUGCAUGGAAGUCCCUCCUGAAAGCUCUUCCCCAGCAGGAGCCCAGUUAAGAACCACUAAUAGGGCCACCUGCAUCUUCCUAAGCGAGCAAUCCUUUGUGCACGGAGUCUCCUCUGCAAGCCCAUGGGUUUCUCUCGUCCAGGGUCAUUCUGGGACCUUCUAAAGCGCUAGAGGUAAGAGCUGGAAUGGAAACAGGAGAUAACACAACUGCUGAUAACCCAUGUUAGUCUUUCCAUCCUAUUCCUGGAAACCAUUUUUCAUUUCUCUUUCAAGGAAGUCUUUGAUAGCCCUAUCGAAUCCAGAAGGAGUUGGGUAGCAGCAAAUUUGACUCUUGUAGGUUUGGAUUAUUCCCAAGAAGUCAUUCUUAUCAGCUUUUUUUCGUUGUUUUUCAAAAAAUAGCUUGUACGUACAAUGGCAUUAGCCACUGGUGUUUGGCUUUGGAGUUUUCAAGAUAUUCCUUAGUGUUGUGGGAAAGUCUCAUGCAAAUAUUAUGGGUGCGCUGAUAAACCUCAGGCAUGUGUGGACGCUGAUGCAGGGAGAUAGCGAACAUUAGGGGUAUAUAAGGGUGUGCUGUGGGGCUUUGAAGGUCUCCUUGGAACCUGCCAACAAGAGAAGAUCACCAUGAAGUGGCUGCUCCUUGCUCUGGUGUGCCUGCACCUCUCCGAGGGGCUGCUGAGGAUUCCUCUGAAGAAAGGCAAGUCCAUACGGGAAGCCAUGAAGGAGAAGGGCGUGCUCCACGAGUACCUGCAGAAGCACCGCUACCACGACCCUGCCUACAAGUUCUUCAGCAGCUUCUCCAGCAUCUACGAGCCCCUGUCCAACAGCAUGGAUAUGUCCUACUACGGGGAGAUCAGCAUUGGGACCCCCCCACAGAACUUCCUGGUGCUCUUCGACACCGGCUCCUCCAACCUCUGGGUGUCCUCCACCCUGUGCCAGAGCCAGGCCUGCACCAACCACAACCUGUUCAACCCCAACCAGUCCUCCACGUUUUCAACCCAGGACGAGUACUUCUCCCUGCAGUACGGAACGGGCAGCCUCACCGGCAUCUUCGGCUACGACACGGUCACAAUCCAAGGCCUCUCCGUCACCAACCAGGAGUUCGGCCUGAGUGAGACCGAGCCUGGCACCAACUUUGUGUACUCCCCGUUCGAUGGCAUCCUGGGGCUGGCCUUCCCUUCCCUUUCUGCCGGUGGUGCCACCACGGUGAUGCAGGGCAUGCUGCAGCAAAACCUGCUGAAUUCCCCCAUCUUCAGCUUCUACCUGAGCGGGCAGGAGGGCAGCCAAGGCGGAGAGCUCGUCUUCGGAGGCGUCGACCCCAACCUGUACACGGGGCAGAUCACCUGGACCCCCGUCACCCAGACCAGCUACUGGCAGAUCGGGAUCGAAGACUUCUCCAUCGGUGGGCAGAGCAGCGGCUGGUGUAGCCAGGGCUGCCAGGGAAUCGUCGACACGGGAACCUCCCUCCUCACCGUCCCCACUCAAGUCUUCACCCAGCUGAUGCAGUACAUCGGAGCUCAGGCUGACGGCAACGGCCAGUACGUGGCGAGCUGCAGCAACAUCGGGAGCAUGCCCACCCUCACCUUUGUCAUCAGUGGCACCAGCUUCCCCCUGCCUCCCUCCGCCUACAUGCUCCAGAGCAACAGCGGCUACUGCACCGUCGGGAUCGAAUCCACCUACCUGCCCUCCCAGAACGGGCAGCCGCUGUGGAUCCUCGGCGACGUCUUCCUGAGGUCCUACUACUCCAUCUACGACAUGGGCAACAACCAAGUGGGCUUCGCCACUGCUGCGUGAGUGGCCCCAGGUCCCGCGCUGGCCCUGUCGCUGCUCGCCCAUGCCCCAGCUCCUCGUGUCUCCACGCGCUGGAGCAUCCCCUUCCCUGCAAAGCCCCCUUCUUUUAGACAUCUCUGUUGGAAACGAGUUUAUUUCCAAAGGGCACUACAAAGAA